AUGAUUCUGAUCCUGCGUUUCUAUCAUUGGCCGGGUGGAAGCACAGCCUGGUCUCCCUGGCAGCAUCGGAAGAGCCUGGAGCCUCUGCCAGUUAGCGAGGAAUGGCUGGUGGCAUGGAGUGCCCUCCGGCUCACCAGACUGACCUCAUCUGAGGCACAAACAGAUCUCUUGGAUACGGGAAAUGGAACCCUGGUAUGGAACGCAGGAAUCCAUGACCUCCCUUUAUAUCACAGCCCUGCCCCUAACGCGCUGAACCUCUCUACAAUAUUGCCGGAGCAUUAUGAGAAGGUGUUUGAGCAGUACGGCAGUGCCAGGGUGAGACUUUGUGUGUUUAGCACAUCCAGACCCGACUUCCCCUUCCUUCCUGAGUCUCCCAGUGUCUGCAGACCCAUCCCAGGGGUUCCAGAGGAUGUGUUCAUCCCCCACUCCAGAUCGAGGCCAGCUACAGACCCCUUCUCUGCUGCAGAUGGCAUUGACUUGUACAUUGACGGGACUCGUUACCUACCCGAUGCUGUCACCGUCUCUCGGGUCACCGGACGGAUAUUUGACAAGAACUUUGACCAGUAUGGGCCUGAUAUUUGCACUGAGAUUGAUUUCAAUAGCGACAUUUUCCAUCCCUCCUAUAAAUACUCACUGCAGAUCCGCUCGCUAAAUUUACCGCCAACUGCCACACUACUACUAAAGGUUUAUACCAUUGACAGAUUCACACAAAGAGUGUCGCUCAUCGGAUGGGCAGCUCUCAAUUUGUAUGUAGAAUCUGGAUCCGAAAAGGCUCCCUCCUCAAAUUCAGGAGAUAUCAAGAUUUCUUUAAACGAUGGUGCGCACCAGAUCCGUGUGUAUCAUAGAGCCCCUCCCACUGACCAACCCUUCUCUGCCGAAUCCUUGUCUUCAUCAGGACGGAUUGUUCCAUGUUCCACGUUACUUGUACGUGUAGUUAAGACUCCAAAUAAUAUAAACACACACACUACUCAGAAAGAUGGGGAACUUCAGCCGACCCUGCAGCACCCAGAAUACUCUCAAGGCAUUUAUUAUUCGGACCAAGCUCGGCCCACACAGGGGGAGAUAGAGCUGUACAGAGCGAUGAUGAACAGAUCUGUUGUUCUGGUUAAAGACGUGAUUCCGGUGUUGGCGGGCAGCGUGCAAGAUACUCUGAUUUCCCCUAAGCAGCUCUCCGAUUGGGUACAGAAGACUUUCACUGAGCAGAUGGCUCAAACUCCUCCCCCAUUCGACCUUUGCUGUAUCUCUCGAUACCAUCUAAAGUCAGGAAUGAAGGUUUCAUUAGACAGAGCCCUGAAUUUGCCAUGGUCUGGUUUCUCCAUGGCUCAUAUUUGCCUGAAUCCUCCUGGGGCUUUCUAUUUGGGACAUCCUUGGUUGAAAUAUGACCGCCCAGUGCCAGUGGACGAUAUUGACCUGGACAGCCACCAAAAAUGUCCUGUAUGGCAGGAUGGUUUCAAGACAUUUACACACAGGAUAUUUCAUAAGCAUUUAACAGUUUUAAUCCACCUGCAUGAGAUACUGCCACAUCAAGAUGUUCACUACAAUAAGCAGGAUACUGAGUCGGGGAACUCAGAACCACAAUCACAGAAAGAAGCCCAACAGACUCUAAUGCCGGGUAUUCAGGCAUGGACAGCCCUGCAAGUAUUUUACAACAAUUAUUGUAACAUGGGCGUAUAUCAGCUGCCACUAUACCAAGGAGCUCCGAGCCCGGAUGUGUUACAGGCUUUAAGUUUGGCACCCUGUGCUGUCACGUUAAAGGAUCUAGAACAGAAACAAGUUAUUGAUCCAGUACCAGGAGCCUCUGUACUCGUUCGAAUAGCAGAUGGAAGACGGUUUGAGGAGCUGAACAAAUAUGACCCACAAGAUAUAAAUCUAAGUUAUCUCUCAGAAGAUGCUGCAGACCUGUACAACAUAACACAAGAAGGGGAAAAGUUAUCAGCAUUGAUACCGGAUGGACAGAAAGACUUUAAGAAGAAUCUAGUUUACUGGUUCAGAAAGCAUCUCUCUCAGAGUCCAGACUCAUCAUAUUCCAUGACUGCAGAGAGGACCUAACAGGCUAACACCACAAACUGACUGGAUCUGCAAGGACUGCUCUCCAGAAAAACCCAGACACAAAUAAAUAAGUCUGCUGGACAAACUAAAACUGCCCGUUCAGUGAUCAUAAGGUCACUAUGGCAUUCACAGAUAUGAACAGUGAAACUCUGGACAGCUUCUAAAACCAAGGUCCUUGGUGUGAGAGCACCCUCCCCUAUAAGAUGCAAAAAGUGAAUACGUGGCCUGGAUAUAUUUAAACAUGUAACUUUGAGAACUGUGGCUUGCCUGGAACCAUUAUGAAGAACUAGCUGCAAAGUAUAUAUAGCCGUGGUUCAUACUUUUGUGCCUAGGGCCAUCUUAAAAUAUGCUACUCAUUGGCUUCAAGGCUGUAAUGUGAGUAAUAGGCAUCAGCAUUAAAAUGGUGAUUCCCAUCAGACAAUGACAUCUAAUAAGGCAAUGCUCGCCAAGGAAAAAUCCACAGAACAGUCACAAAUUUAUGCAGACACCUGACUGACAGAACCGCUUUAAAUGAAGUUUAAAAUAACAACGUGAUAUAAAUAAAAUAACUCUUAAAUCAAACUAAUCAAGCAUUUUCAGAAAAGCCAUUCAUCCUGCCGCUGAGGGAUACCUGGGGACUAUCUGCUCACCUCUGAGAAUAUGCUCUACCAUGAGGAGCUCAGAGUGAAGUGCGGUCUGGUCACAUGGUUUGUCGCAAGAUAAAGGAGUAACAUAUUACAGAUGGAAUUGUUGUACAUAAAGCAUGAAUUACAUGACAGAUCAUAUGGCACGUGAAAGCAUUAAAUAUUUGAAAAUAAGCAAGUAUUCUUGGCUGACAUAUGGUAAAUAAAGUAGUAUGUGCUAGGGGGGGUCACAACAUAAGAUAUGGAAU